GGAAAGCUAAUGAAACACAUUUGAUUUUGCUCCACAGAGUGAAAUGAAACAGAAAAUCACAACAUGAAGAUGAAAGAAAUGAAACCAAAACAGUAACAUAGGUAUGCUAGAUUAGUCAGAAAAGGUGUGACUGGUUCUGUCAGUGUGGGUGCGUACCGGUACGAUGUUCUAGGAGGUGUAUAAAUAUCUGCAGACACAGAGGCAUUAGCACAAUAAUCACCGCUCACCUUCAUCUACACUUUAAGGAAUCAUGGAGGUUUCAAAUUUACAGAAAAUGAUAGAUGAUUUGUGUCUCUAUGAAGAGGUUAAAGUAGAAAAAACAGGUGUCAUCAUUGAUGGUGCAGCUCUGUACUAUUCUUUGUAUUAUACGUCUGAUCCAAAGCUGGACCAGCGCUGUGGAGGAGAUUAUCCUGGAUUCAAAGAUGAGGUCUGUAACUUCUUUAAGACUCUGCAGGACUGUGAAGUCACUCCGUACGUCUUCCUGGAUGGAGGCUCAGAUCCUGACAAGCGCAAAACACUUGUGUCUCGUCGAAAAGACACAGAGGAAAAAGCAAAGACAAUAGCGAUGACAAAGCCUGAGGAUGCUGUACCAAAAGGAUGUAACGUCUUACCACCUCUGGUCAAAGAUGUCUUCAUAGAAAUCUUACAGGAAAAAGACAUCAUGUUUGAACAGUGUUUAGGAGAAGCUGACCCUGUAAUUGUUUCUGCUGCAAAUCAGAAUCAAUGUGCUGUGCUGUCCAUUGAUAAGGACUUUUACAUCUUUGAAGUGCAUAAAGGUUUCCUUCAUCUCGACAACUUUGAAUGGAAAAGCAAAGAGGAUGGCAAAUUUCCUGCUAAGCUCUACACACGUUCAAAGUUUUGUGAGCAUUUUAAAUUGGACCCUGCUCUCAUGCCAGUCUUUGCUUCAAUAGCAGGAAAUGAUUAUUCAAAAUUACAAGAUAGAGGUAGGUUUGCAAGAGAAUCAUCUUCAUCAGGUGAGUACAGCAUUAAACGACUGGAUGGUAUGCUCAGCUUUUUAAGUAAAGUGAAUCUGGAUGGUUUGAAUGACUCACAGAAGAGAGAACGUGCUCUGAGUGAAGCUUUAAAGCAUGCUCGUAAAAAAGAAAACCAAACAUUCAAACUCGCCAUUCGAAAAUAUGUUCAACCAGAAAAACCAAGUUCUAAGUUGCCAUCAUGGGUGCGUAAAAAAGUUGAGAUUGGAAAACUUACCACUUCCGUCAUAAGUGUUGUGGAUCAGAAGUCAAUGAUGCCUCCUGUUCUUGUGGAGGACUUUUCACAGCGCAGUAGUUACACAGCUGCUUACCGUAUCAGGCAGUACUUCUAUGGACUGUUAACUAAAGAUGUACAAGCUCUCCUGCCAGAUUUGAGCAGUGAUGAACAGAAAAAGCUGCAACUACGUUGUCUGCAUAAGGCUCCUGAGGGUUUGCGUCGCAGGAUGUUUGAAGAAGCUCUGCAGGUUCAGACUUCAGCCUUAGAAAACAUCCCCGACCAGCUGAAGCUGCCAGUCUGUGUGACUGUUUUGUGGUUCAACAACUUAAAGGUUGGCCAAAAAGCUGAAACUGUCCUCCACACCCUCCUGCUGUGGUUUGUGUGUGACCCCAAUAGCCCAGAGGACGAGUUUGAGAGGAAGAUGAAAGCUUUAAAGGAUGAAGGUGUGAGUAACUGGCAGCCCCAGCCCCAUGUUGCUAAAGCUUUCAGCCAAUGGCAGCGCUGCAUGAGGCAGAGCCUCCACCUGAACCAGCUGCUGUGUUCCCCUCUACCAGAACCUCAGUGUGCCCGGCUUUACUGUGGACCUCUCCUUCAUCGGCUGGCAGAUGAAGACACGAUUGAAGAAGUACAGAAAACACUCAGAGGAGAAAAGAAGGAAUUAUAUGAGAACCUAACAACUGUUUGUAGUCCACCUUCUGGAGAGGGAUCCUCCCAGUCCUCUAGGGUUGAGGUUCCCUCUACUGAGAUGGAGUCCUCUAGUGGGGAGUGGAAGACAAAAGAGAAAAAAAAGAGGGGGGGGAAGAAGAACAAAUCGCAGAAAAAGAAGUGAUUAUUGAAAUUGAAUGAUGUUGCUACUCCUGGCAGGAACAAAAGAGCUGCUGGUCGAAGGAGGACUAUUACACAGUUCUUAUUCUUUGCUUCGUCUUUAUGCUUAAAUUCAAUUUUUCAGCUAGAGGGUUGGUCAAAUGUGAUUCAUUCUUCAUGUGGGUAAAAUUGUUUAUCAGUAUGGACUAAAUAUAUUUGAUCCAGUUCAGUAAACACGGAAAUGAUUUAUAAUCUUUUGGUUUGGGAGUUCAGUAACCUGAUUAUCAUUCUGUUGUUCACCGUUUGUAACAAAUAGUCGUAAGUGGCAAAAGUACAGAAAUUCUUUACAUAAGUAGAAGUACAGAUACCUGUAUAUAAACAAAAUACUCCAGUAAAAGUUGAAUUGCUGAAGCAACUUCUUUACUCAAGUAAAAGUGAAAAAGUAGCACUGCAAAAUACUCAGAGUAAUGAAGUAAAAAGUAGUGUAUUGAAGGACAUUCUACUAGGAUUUUUGUACAAAGGUAAUUAAGGCUUGUAUUAUAUUAAUAUAAUAAUAAAAAUAUUAUUACAUGACAAUAAAAUGUUG